AUGCGCUUAUUACUCUGCGUCUUCCUUUACCUCGUUGGAGUGAUUCAAGCCACGAACACAACAACUACUACUAGCGACAGUUUCAAAGUCCCAUCUCCAUCAUUCACCACCAGAACCCUAUGGACAAUCGUCUCCAGCUCCGUUCUCACUCUGUUUGCGUGUGUAUACAGCGCCAUCCAUCCUAAUAUUCCGAGUCCCAAGCACAGUCCUGGUGGUAUCCUACUGCAGCGACUCGGGAUCACGAUAAUGGCACUCAUCGCUCCUGAACUCAUCGCCACAUGGGCUAUGCGCCAGUGGCUCAGUGCUCGUCAAGUUACAAAACAGUUCGAGACAUCGGGGUACUAUGAUCAUACAUGGACUCAGACGCACAGCUUCUUUGUGCUCAUGGGUGGUUUCAUGCUUUAUGUGGACGGGAGACCCUGCCAUACACUACGUCCUGAUUACAUUCUCAAACUGAUACGUGAAGGGUAUAUCGACGCCCCUACCCUAACAGCAGAGCAAAUCCACGACAGGAGCAAAGGCGAUGCGAUAUCAAAAGGAUUAGUCGUGCUUCAAGUGGGCUGGUUUGUUAUGCAGCUCAUCACCCGCGUCAUCUAUAACCUCGAAAUAACCCUGCUCGAAGUGGGGACAUUCGCUUUUGCGGUUCUCAAUUUCCUCACCUAUGCUAUGUGGUGGAACAAGCCUCUCAAUGUGGAGUUUCCACAUCCAGUGUACUGGAAGUCGACUGAGUCAAAGCCAGAGGAUCACAUUGAGUAUGUAUGCGCCUCAACAGAUGUACCGCUGCUGAUUAUGUCUGCCUCAGUGUCAGUGACGAAGAAGAAAACCGCUGGAUUGGGGAUCAUGCCUCUAAUCUUCCGCCCAAUUCUAGAACUGAUAGGCAUGCCUGGUAUUCCUAUAUCUCGACGGCUCCAAGUUCCAACAUUUGAUGGUAGCAUCAAACUCAAAGGAUGGGCCAGGUUUGCUCUGGCGCAGUCUGCAUUUGUUAUGGCAGCUGUAUUUGGCGCCAUCCAUGUAUUGGCUUGGAAUGUUGCCUUCCCCAUAUACCAGGAACAGGUGCUAUGGAACCUGAGUGGCAUCGCUAUAGUUUGCGCGCCCUCGCUUGGUAUGUAUAUAUAUAUAUGGCUGUUCUUAUGUCGACCUGCGUUGAGAUGGUUGAGCUUCCCGAUCUGUAUAUUAUAUGUCAUGUUGUACGUCACAGCACGUGCCAUCCUCUUGGUACUCAUGUUUGCCACUUUAGACAAUCUUCCUCCUGACGCAUACAAGGCGGUAUCCUGGACCAGUUUCGUGCCGCACUUAUAA